AUGCGCAGAUAUGAUUUCCACUUGGUUGAGGACUCGGCCAUAGAAACUAUUAGAACCGCAAUGCGGCUGUCUGCUAACAUUCUCCUGAUUACGAAUGGGUCGAACACUUGGAUCCAGGCAUCCUGCAAGCAGUACCUGCCGCGGUUAUGGCCGGUUAUAGAGUGUUUGCCACUGGUGUCUGCGAAAGACAUGGCGGUUGAACAGCAUAAAGACCCCAUCGAGUGGAAGAAGGUAGCUUUUCGGGACGUAUUGGAUCGGUAUUUCGAGGAACGUCCUAGUGCCGUGCGGGUGGUCGUGUCCAUCGGGGAUUCGUUGCACGAGCAGCUGGCGCUAUUCCACUACCAACGGGAGAGGCCGGAAGUGAGUGUGCGGUCGAUCAAGUUUAUCCCGAUGCCCGACUCCGCUCGGCUGGCGCUACAGCACAAGGCGCUCUGUCAACACUUACCCGAUAUCAUGCAUCUGGCGCAGGCCUGGAAAACGGUGGACCUGCGCUACUUCUUCACCAUGACCCCUUCCCAGACGACAGAAGAACGAGUGAUGGAACUAGCCAACCGCGACCUGCGCGAAAACGAAGACCUGCAAAGGGGCGGACCCCUGCCCGGAAACGACGACCUACACGACAUCGGCUCCGAACAUGAAACCGUGGCCGAUGACGAAGAAACGCGGCUCAUCUACGGCCCUCUCAGCGGUGGACCCAGUGCCAAGGAGUGUUCUAUCUAUGGCUCCGGAGACGCCGCCUUCGGCUGGGUCAACGGCACCUCUUUACAGGACCAGGUGCUCCUCCUUGCGAACGAACGGCAACUACACGCCAGCCGGAGGGGGGACGGCGACGAGAGCCCCCUCGCACCUCUAAGCGCCCGCGCCAGCUCCCUCUCCGGCGACGACACGCGUUCCAGCGUCAUGGGCAUCCUCCUCGACUCCGCCACCAAACAGUGGGGGAAGAUCUUCGGACCGGUCCAGGAAGAACAAAUCACCUGCUGGGCCCGCAGAGUCUCCGACGGCAACCCCUUCCUCAUGCUACUCGACUCCUUUUGA